AUGGCGGCGGAUGGGCCGCGCAGCCUGUUCGCGCUGAGCGCGGCGGCGGUGAGCCGCAGCAUGGGGGCUCUGGAGCGGGACGUCUGGGCGCUGCCCGGGCACCUCCUGCGGGGACUCCUGCCGCUUCUCACCGUCUUCCGCCUCGAGCGGGCCGAGGGCGCCGCGCGGAGAGCAGGCCUCUCGACACAGCCCAUCUGGCGCAAGCUCUGGGACGAUGUGAUGAAAACCAGGCCGCCCAACUCGGAGAAUAUAACCUGUUGGAGGAAGAAGUUCCUUGAAACGUUCUUCUCAAACGUUCUUCACGGUGUCUUGGAUGUCUCCUCUGACUGGCGUCUCAACGACCAUCACUUUUCACCGCUGCUCCACAGCUCCCCGCACGUUUCCCAGCUUACCCUCUGCAACAUGCUGCAGGGUGCGGUGGAGCUCACUGCUGAGCACAACCAGAAAGUGCUUGAAAACCUGGCUGGCUCCCUGCGGAUCCUGAAGUUCCAGCACCUCCUCUCCUCCGACCAGUCCAUCAGGCGUUCGCUGGUUUUACUUCUUCACCGGCUGAUUCACCAUGGCUCUGUCAGCCAAGUGUCCAUGUAUUCCUGGCCUGUUCCUGACACAGUUCUUCUCGUUCUCAUUUUGAGCAUGAGUGCUGGGUUUUGGCGCUCGGGAAAUGCCCUCACGUAUCACAGCAGCCCAUGUGGCCUUUGCAGAGAGGAGGACAAAGCCCAAAGCCAGGAGUCAGCGCAAGAGCGAGUAGAGAGGGGCCGUUACAAUGAGAGGGAGUGGAGCGAUGUUGAGAACCAGAAGGGAUCCCCCAGGGCCCCGGAGGAGGCUGAUGGGGAGGUGAAUGGAUACGGGGCUGACGCUCGCCUGAACUCUGUCCUCUCCGGACCAAGAAGUUGUCCUCUGCGAAACCAAGCGUGUGAGGAGGCAAGCAGCAAGGUGCCCUGUGACCACACCAGCAUUCAGGGAGGAUCUUCUCAUUGCGUCUCAGACCAGCUGUCCUGUCACCCCGUUCUUCAAAAGACACGCAGACGGCUGAGAUCUGCAGUGGGGAAGAAACGUCGCUGCCUCAGACGAAGCAGGGGACCAUAUGGUGACCCAGAAGACCUGUAUGAUUUUGUUUUUACUGUUGCUAGAGAGGAUAAUUCAGGGUUACUCGACAAAAACAGCGCCACAGAGGGAGAAAAUGCUGAGAACUGGACUAGUUCCUCCCCAGGAUCUCUGUGCACUGGCCAUGCUGGCUGUAAGAAAAGAGGAGGAUCUGCUGGGAUCUUUUCUCUGAAAGCUGCUCGCCGCUUCCGAAGCGUGUCCACGCUGGAAUUGUUCUCCAUUCCUUUGACUGGGGAGACAUGUCGGACUCUGAGUAACCUGCUGAGCUCCUGGGUGUCUUUAGAAAACUUGGUUCUGUCUUACAACGGCCUGGGUGCUAACAUCUUCUGCAUCCUCUCUGGGCUCCGGGCCCUCUCCCGCCACUCGAACUGCCACCUCCGCGUGGUGCGCGUGAGCGACGUCUUCUCCCACAUGCCUUGCAUGGAGCUUGUUCGCUGCAUCCUGAGCGCCUUUCCCCAGCUCCACACGCUCUCAGUCAGCUUCGACCUCAAAAACCAGCUGGAGGGGAACAGGCCAGAGGGGAAUCCAAGCUGCAGUGAGGUAGAAAUCCCAGAGAGCUGCCUGGAGCAGCUAGAGAUCCGAUUCCCCAGGGAACCCCUGCACACCGCGUUCCUGCUGCCAGUGCUCAAGGCGUCAAAGUCCCUCCAGCAGUUGUCCCUUGACAGCGCCACGCUGCCCUGUUCUCAGGAGCUUGGGCUCCUUUUGGAGGCACUCAAAGAGUGUAAUCCAAAUUUGAAGAAACUGAGCUUUCAUGAUGUGAACCUCGCUGAGCACCAGAAAGAAGUUCUGCUUUUGCUUCAGGAUCCCGUCCUGCAAGAAAUCACGUUUUCCUUCUGUCGGCUGUUCGAAAGCUCUACUACUGAGUUUUUGUCGGAUAUAAUCAAUACAGUGAAAAGAAAUUCAUCUUUGAAGAGCCUCAAACUGCCUGGGAAUCGCCUUGGGAAUCACAGGCUGGUUGCCCUUGCAGACAUUUUCUCUGAAGAUUCCUCCUCUUCUCUUUGCCAGCUGGAUGUCAGCUCAAAUUGCAUCAAACCUGAUGGGCUCCUGGAGUUCACAAAGAAGCUGGAAGGCCACAUCCAGCAGAGAGGGGGACAGAUUCAAUUCACGCACCUCCGCCUCUUCCAAAAUUGGCUGGACCAGGAUGCUGAAACAGCUCAAGAAGCGCUUCGGCGUCUCAAAGCUGUGUGCAGUGUGGUCAAUGACUCGUGGGACUCCUCCCAGGCCUUUGCUGACUACAUCAGUGUCAUGUGAUGGAUGCAGGAGCAGGAGAAAACAGAUCAGCUUGAACUAAGCAGUUCAGUCCCUGGCCAAUAAGAUUUAUUUCAUAGCACAGGUGGGGUUUUCUUCCCCUGGGUCAAGCAGUAUACAGUUGUUCUUGUUGCUUUUCUAUUCAUUUGAAGAACAGGUACCACACUGAAGUGACACACAAGACCGUGUGGGUCAACAGCUGUAUUUCCAGGUGAUCUAACUCUACCAUCUUCUUAGUUUGAGUAUUUUAAGUGGGACAGAUAGCACAUGAGCUUCUGUGACUUCCUGCAGAUCUCUGGACAAGCAGUUAUUUAUUCCACUGGGUGUUGUUACAAAUUUCAUGUUGUUUCAGCCAGUGUCUCAUCAAUAACUAUCUAUCUAUCUAUCUCCAUCGUUGGAGGGACUCAAAAGCUAUCUGGUUGUGGUCCUUGACAACCAGCUGUAGGUGACCUUGCUUUUGAGCAGGGGUGUUGGACAAUAUGACCUUGA